GGUCUCUAUUAUUUCACAUAUCUUUCAAGUAAUCACGUCCCCUCGUGUGGACAUGCACUCCCCGGUUUUCUCUUCUUCAUCCACCCUAUCCACCUUCCUUGAUUCCGAUCAGCUACAGUCAUCGAGACCGAACACAUACACAACCACUAUCCGAUCAACCAAGAGGGCCCGAAGUCGAACAGCCGGAUAGUCCGCCGCUUCCUUCCCGUCAAAUACCGCUUGCACUGAACGCGCCGUCUCUUCACAUUGAGGCUAUCUCCUGAUGGCAAGCCCUGCACAAACACCGCCGCCAAAGUCCUCCCGGGCGAGGCACCAGCACUCCAAGAGCGCUACGCCUGUUGGGCUAGGCAUCGGGGGAAAAUCCGGUGCUCGGCGACAGCGUAACAACCGUAACCACAACAACGACAGCAACAACUUCGUUCAAUACCCGCAAUCUCAAAAUGGGUACGGAUUCGGCCAUCCCCCACCAUACAACCAGCAGCAGGAGUAUUACUCGUUUGCACAGCCGGGCGAGGAUGUUGAGAGCAGCGGCGCCGUCUCCGAGGGCCCGAGGCUGCCAAAACAACGCCAAAGCCGGCCUGCGCAACAGCAGUUCGCGCCCAACGGGGGUAUGGAACAUGAGGCCCUGCCAAACUCUCCUCCUAGUGCGAAAUCUCCCUUGGUGCAAGGUGCUGUUAUGACUCCGGCCAAGGCUCAAGCGGCGUAUGCCGGGCCUACUUUCCAUGCUUCUCCAGCGCCUUCAGCUCUUCCGGUUCCAAAAUUCUUCUCGAAAUCAGUUCCUGCUUCAGGAUCACAGCCAAGUUUGCAAACUCGUUUAGAAAGCGAAGCAGUAGAUCCUUCGCCGAAGCCUUCACCGCCGUCUCCACCAGCCGCCGUUAUUGCCGCCCCACCGAGACAUGAGGACUCUCCGCUGGAGACCCUUUUCAAACUGGAUAGGGAAGAAAAAGCAAACAAGGGAAGUGGACUGCUCACUCCUGAGACCAAAAAAAGGCCGGCAGCGCCGGCCACCCAGCCUCUUCCAAGCACUGCAUCGAGGAACAACGAUCCGUCGCAGCAUUCGCGAAACAGCUCUUCUGGAUCUGGUAAGGGUGUCUUCAUGAUGGAACUGGGCGGUAGCGCCAAUGUGCCUGCUCGUAAAUCCCCAGCAAUUGCUUCGCCCGCAAGUCGCUCUGUGACUGCUCCUUCCAGAAUACCGCAGAUUGGAAACCGGGCAAACUCAGAAAAGGACACUCAAGUUCUCAAGGAUAUUCUCUUCUCUCUUACACAAUCGAAGCCUCAGCCUUCUACUCCGUACGUAGGGCCCGAUCAUGUUCCUUCAGAACCAUCUUCGCGAUUUCACACUCCUUCUCCCUUUAAUCAGCCAAGAUCUGGCGCCCGAAGUGCUUCCGGACCUACCACCCCAGCACCGCAGACCAAUGACGUGGCAAACCCCUCACUUUACUACGGGAACGCCAAUCUUUCUCCUUUUUUCAAAGCAGUAAAAACAGACUCCGCAAAGCGGUCGCCUAGUCUUCGCCAAGAAGUCACCGCAGCCUCGCCCACGGUGAAGCAAAACGGAUUUUCUUUCAAUGGCCUGCCAGAGUCUCCUCUUAAUCACGCUCGCCGUUAUCCCAAGGAGAAUGCGGAUCCGCGAUCUGUGUCACGACAGUACUUAGAGUCAGUAAUGAAUUCUCCAGGUUCCUCUGCGAGCCCACGUCCUACUCGCUCCCUUGGACAAGGUCAAGAGUCCUAUGCUUUGAACGGAUCUGUCGAUCGCCCGGCGAACCAGAUCAUGCAGCCUAAUUUUCAACAUCAAUCUUCUAUGUCACGAACAGCCGGCAGAGGUCCUCAGGCAAACGGGCUAUCUCCAGCCAGCAAGAAUUAUAGACCAUCUAAUACCCCUGAAAUGCGAUCCAUGGAGGACGAUUUACGUCGGUUAUUGAAACUUAACAACGUUGAUGGCGAUUCAGCGGGCGUUCGAUGAUGAUCCUUUUUCAUUCCUAUCUCUGCGUUGUUGCUGCGGCCGCUUUUGUGGAUCAGCUUGUCUAUAGCCACUACUAUGAGUCUACUCUUUCUUUACGGUGUAUGAGGGCGUUUUGAGGGUUUUGCCAUGUCCCAUCACGAGCAUUUGGCAUGCAAGGCGUUGGCAGGUUUACUAUCCAGGAAUGUGGUUGGGUGACUGUCUGGCUUCUCAGUAAUGGGGCUUGCAUGGAUCUAUUUGCUGGGUCUAUAUGUGAAGACGGCUUCUCAUAGAGCCCU